AUGGGUAAACAAGUCAACUACCCUCGGCAGUUGGACAGUCCAUCAAAACAGCUUAUGCUGGACCUUGUCAAAGACCUGGAGGAGCUCCGGCUCCACAAUUCCGAGUUAAAAAAGGUCAAGGCAUACGAGCGGAGAUCCUUCUACGAGACCCUCGACCGCAUCGACCACGAACGCGAAAUACAACACAAUGCCGCCAUCGAUCGUGUCGCCGCGCUCCAGGGUCAGAGACGGGAGGAAGCCGAGGAAACUCUCAGGGAUCACUUACGGGCCGAGCAGGAGGAACGUCGCCGAAAAGAAGAGGAGGCACGUCGGGAGAAAGAACGGCUAGAAAAGGAAAAGGCGGAAAUAUUACGGCGCGAGCAAGAGGAGGCCGCGCGAAAAGAGGCGGAACGAAAAGCGCAAGAGGAGGCGAAGAAGAAGGCUGCGGAAGAGACAGAGAGGGCACGCAGGACCGCGCAGGAGAAACAGGAACAAAAACAACGGGAACAGCAGGAGGAGGAAAAACGCAAGCACGAGGCUGAAGCCAAGAAGGCAGAACAAGAUGCCGCCCAACACCAAGAGAAUGCUCAACGACAGAAGCAAGCAGAGAAACAGAGACAGAUGGGUGGUGGUCGUCAAACUGCCGAGGAGAAUAAAGCACAGCUUCGCUACGUGGAAUUACACCAGCAUCUAAAGUCAUUCCGUCAAUACCUGAAGGAGCAGGCAAAGGCCAGCCCGGCUGUGAAGCAGUGCAUGGGAGACAUGCGCCGGUCUAUCAAGAAGUCGGUUGGUCAACUGCGUGAGGGCAAGGGAGCCAACAAGACUCAGCUCCAAGAAAUCAAGGGCACACUGGAGAAGGCCGCUGCUAUCCCAGGGCCGUCUUUGGACAUUCGCCAAUUCCUUGCGUUUCCGCCAGAAAACAUUGCCAAUUCCGAUGGUAUUACCGUACCAGCUCUUUUGAUCUACGGCCUGAACAUCUUUUCCAAAGCUUUAAUCUCGUCCCUCAUCACCGAAGCAUCCAUUAACCAGGGCCAUGCUGAACCGAUUGGCAUCGUGGCGGCCCAGAUCUUCUCCCAGGAUGCGUUCAUUUACAAUGGAUGUCACUUGGUUGAUAUCUUAUGGGCGAAAUAUCGUGUAGCAUGUCCAGCUUUAUGGGGAUUUUACGGGGAUGAGAGGACAGAAUCCGGACGACGAGCAGUAGGGUGGAAGAAAGAAGGAGAUGGGACAUUCGUCUCUGAACAGGGUCAUACCGACCGAAUGACAGCGUUAGGGGCUGGUUACGCCGCUCUUACUCUCCGCAAUUUCGGCAAAACGCCGCGCAAGAACCCAUUUCCUAACCAGAUGUUCUGGUAUUCAAUGCAUAAGAUUCUGUCGAUUCCUGUGGAGCACCUACAGGAAACACAUAUUUCUCUCCUGGCAGCUAUGCUGCGUUCAUCUGCGGAGAGAAUCGUGGGCUUUUUCGGACAUGUGGGUCUUGUGCUGAUGAGGAGGGCGAUUGUCGAUAUACCCAACACUCUUCCUCGUAAAAGCAUGAGUGUCAACCAGUUGAAGCUUCUAAAAGACCUUUACAGUCGGGAGAAGAAUAUCAUUAUAUGA